CGGACAGCCUUCGUCGCGUCGCUGUGACGUCAUUGCCUCCAAAUAUGGCAUUUUAAGCAUCCUUCCCCUGAAUUCGGACACAGCCAGUGAGUAGGUAUGCGCUACUGCAACGUGCAGCACCGGAUGAAGCGCUGUGCACAGUCCUACAGUGCUGCCAGAAAUUGGAACUGUGAUCAUGAAGGUUGAAGUUUAUAAAAGGCUGACGUAUGGCUGCAUCGUCUUACUUUUGGCUGCCAUCAUCUUCAUGACACAUAUCAGGGACAUUCUGGAGAGUAACGUGACGGACUCUAUCGAUAUCCGAAGAGCAAGUAUUGCCACUCCGUCUACGAAAUUUCAAAAUAAAGUGGGAAACACCAUCAGAAUCCUGAGAGCAACCACUGUCACUCUGCCUGCUAACAUGCAGGAUGAGUUCUGCAAGUUAAAAUCACUGUCUCCUAAAGAGGCUCAUGAAGAAAACCUCCUACUAGAGUCCAUCGCUUGGCCUCCAACUCCACCAUUAUCAUCACCUCAUUCCCUGAACAACACCAGUGAUCCAGCCCACAGCAGCUUCACCAUUAUACCAAAGAGGGAGGGGGGGCAGUGGCAUGUAGGAGAUAAGCUGGAGGUUUUGAUUAAAAUGUCUGACUCCCAGGGCAAUCCAAAGAGUUCUGGGGGAGAUGUCUUAUUUGCCCAUCUGUGCAACUCAACUCUUGGUGCAGGAAUGGCAGGACAAGUGAAGGAUUAUCUUAAUGGCUCCUACUCUGCCGCAUUCACCUUACUCUGGGAAGGAAGUGUACAAGUUAAGGUAACACUGGUUCACCCCAGUGAGGCAGUCACAGAGCUGCGCAGGCUGAACAGAGAACAUCCUGAUAGGAUUUUCUUCAAGAGUCAGUUCCGUUCUGGCCCGGUCAGUGAAACUACCACCUGCAAUGUAUGUUUGCGUCCUACCCAGCAGCCUGUGUGCAACUACACUGACCUCCAUACAGGUGAGCCAUGGUUCUGCUACAAGCCAAAGGAGCUGAGCUGUGAUGACAGGAUCAACAACUUCAAUGGAGGAUAUCAAGAAAAAGUUAGCACCAUGGAGAAACUUUUUAAGAGUGGUGUCAACAUGAAAGUCUCAAUUCCAGCUUCAGGUCCUCCCAGUGUCAUUGUUUUGCCCAGACAGAAAGGUCUAUCAGAUGCAAAUAACACCAGUGUGGAGUCUGGACCCUCUGGCUAUUAUUACCAGGGUGUAUGGAGAGCACUAGGUGGCACCACAGUUCAUCAGUUCAACACUUCCUCAGCCAUCACUCGGUGUCUAAAAGGAAAGGUGGUUCAUAUGUAUGGAGACUCCACCAUCAGGCAGUGGUUUGAAUACUUUAACGCAACACUACCAGAUCUGAAGGAGUUUAACCUGCAUAGUGCAAAACAAUCUGGGCCUUUUAUGGCUUUGGACUACGAUAAUAACAUCAUGGUGACAUACCGCUGCCAUGGCCCUCCUAUUCGAUUUAGCAGUGUCCCAACCAGUGAACUGCGCUAUAUUGCCAACGAGUUAGACAAAGUGACUGGAGGCAGCAACACCAUUGUAAUUCUUGGCAUCUGGUCACACUUCAGUACUUUCCCUAUUGAGGUCUACAUCCGGCGGCUGCAGGGAAUCCGGAGGGCAGUGGUGAAGUUGUUGUCCAGGGCUCCAAGCACACUGGUUGUCAUUCGGACCGCAAACCCGAAAGCUCUGACUCUCUAUGAGGCACUUACUAACAGCGACUGGUACUCGCUGCAACGGGACAAGGUGCUCAGGACAAUGUUUAAAGAAUUAAAUGUCCAUCUGGUGGAUGCUUGGGAGAUGGUCAUGGCCCACAACCUGCCACACAACCUCCACCCACAACCUCCCAUUAUCAAAAACAUGAUUAAUGUUCUCUUGUCCUACAUAUGCCCUAAAAAGGGUAGUUGUAAAAAAGUUUGAUAAUAUAUGAAGUAAUCCAAGGUAUUCAGAAUACGUUACUCUCACUGAGUAAGUCUGUGAAGGUUCUCAGUCAUCCAGGUCAUCGUAGUCAAAGGAAUUUGCAAAGAAAAGCGUCUGGACUUCUUUGAGUUGCUUGAAGACGU